GUUCACUGUUUUAUCAUUGGUUGUGCGACCCUCGUACCAAAAUGUCGUCGGUUUUGUAAAAUCGAUACGGGUUUGUAUGAGACGUAUCGUUUAUCUGUCGUUCUCUGGUGUCGAUACGGGUUUCGUGGUAGUCAUGCUAUACACUCUGCCUGUAUCUUUUAUGUUAUUCGUGCAGCCAUUUCGUUUCGAAAGAUGUCCGGAGUGACUUUAAUCGUGACGUUUUGAUACGUUUUCUAUAGUUUUUUGACGUUUAAGAAGACACCAUUGCUGUGGAUCUGUGAAGAUGCAGCAACCACUGAAUCAGCCGGAGUCGAUAGGGGGUCAGCAAGGAGUUCAGCAGCAGAUGGUACUAUGUCCUGUCAGAUUCGUCUACGAGACCCAAGUGCUGGUGCAGCCUGGAGACCAGAUCCAGCCAAACCAGACAUUCUUCAUAAACCCUCAAAAUCCACCACCAUGGAUGCAAAACAGGCCAGCUCCCAACCCUGUGGUGUACGUCCAACAACUACCCAACAACAUGGUUCAGCCAGUCCAACAGCAGAUAGACCCAAACCAAAUGUUCCUGCAACAGAACUUCGCCAACUUCCAACUCCAACAACACAUGUUGGCGCAGAACCACCAAGAGAUGAGGCCAGCCAUGCAAUUGGCCAACAUUGUGCCAAACAUGGUGCAAAACGUGCAACAGAAUAUACAAACGAACGACAGAAAUAUAAAUCAGAAUCCUAAUACAGGACAGAUGCAGACAAAUGCGCAGAAUAUGAUGCAGAAUCAAAUGAAUGUAGCGAGACAAGUCCAAAAUACUAACAACCAGGCUGUUGAGGUACAGAGACAGAUGUUCAUGAAUGUCAGGCCACAAAUGGGACAACAGAUGAACAUAGCUAGGCCAGUAAUGUCAUUAAAUCAACUACAGAACAUGCAAGCAAUGGCGAACAUGCAGAACAUACAAAUACAGCAAGCGAAUGCUGGUCAGCAAUUCGUGCAGAACAUUGGACCACGACUCCCUCAGAACGUGAACGCAGUACGACCUCAGAUGAUGGGAAAUAAUGUGAUAAACGUACAAAAUGUUAUGAAACAACCGCCACAACAAAAUAUUCAGAAUGUGAACGUGCAAAAGCCUCCUCAAGAACCGAAUAAAGUCAUGAACAGUAACGUCGCAUCUCCCGUGCCAAAUGUUAGGAACUUCGCCCAAAAUUACAACUGUAGGCCAAUACAGCCUAGACGUCGAGUAGAAAAUAACGCUAAUGUACCAAAAAUGUUACCACAAAACGUUCCUAUACAACCACAACAUAUACCAGUCCAAACUCCGCCUACACAAUAUAACCAGGAGAAAGUAAAUAGCCAUCAAAUUGUUUCAAAUAUAGCAGCGAACACGACCUAUUUAAAUAACCCUAGUAUUAGUCGGAAAAGAAAGAGUGAAUCGCCUGACGAAAUCCAAAACAAAAUGGCUGUGCCACCGGCGUCGAAGCCAAUUUACAAGAAUCUUCAACAGGGUAUAAUAAUCACUAAGAUAUGCAAUGAAAUGGGUACGAACACAAGUCCGGUACAUAAACCUAGUGUAAAUGUAGCUAGUCCAUCUAUGACAAUGAUUCCUACUACACCUAUGGCUGUUGUAGAAAGUAAAGAUCAAAAGGAUGUAAAUGUGACAACUAAUGUAACGGAAUCUAGAACUGUGAUAACUGUGAUGGCACCAAGUGAACGUGAUAAAUUAAUUAGAAACACUGUGUUCACACAAGCUCGAGGCAGAGUAUUACAGGAUAAAAUUAGUGAUUCAAUACCACCCCAAGUUUUAGAUGUUAAACCACCUGAAAGUGUUCAAAUACCGACUGAAAAUAUAGUAAAACAGCCAGAAAAGGUAGUCAGUGCUGAGGUAAAGACUGUUAAAGAUACUGUAAUGACUGAAACGCCGACUGAAAAAAGUGACUCAAGAAGAGAAAAUGGAAGUUGUAGAACAAAAGCUGAGGUUAAGGAUGAAAAGGUAGAAGCUACUGAGAAAGUUAUAACGAAACAAGAUAUUUUAACUCAUGUGGUCGACGGAUAUGUUAUACAAGAAUCAAAUUUUGCAUUCCCUAUCCGAAAACCACUAAUAGAAAAAACUCUACAAGCAAAUUCUAAACCAGAAACGGAAGCCCCAGACGCUCUGAAAGAAUGUAUGAAAGAAGAUGAAGAAUACAGGGUAGAUGUACAAUUACUACCUUUCCACUACUUGCUUCUCCACUGCGAGAAGAAGAAGGAGGAAGAGGAAGAAAAAGAUAGUAAGAAGAAGAACCCGUUCAGUGAUUUGGUUCAUAGUACUGUUAAAUCUUGGACGGUUGAAGACUUAUCAAACCACCUCCUAAAAUACAACUGGGAAGAAACAGUAUCAGUUUUCCAAGACCAUGAGAUUGAUGGAGAGUCCCUAUUCCUGGUCUCGAAGACACAACUCGUUAGCAUAGGGGUUUCAGAAGAAAAUGCCGACACCAUCUGUGCAUUCGUUCGGAGCUGAUCAUCAAAAGAUUGUGAGGAACAAGACUUGGUAGACUAUGAUAAUUUGAUAAAAUCAAAUGUCAUUAAUACAUCGUCCAGGUUUGGAAGUUCCUCCAAUCAAGGUUUUAACGCUAAGAAGUCGUAUUAUAAUCGGUAUUCUAGACAGUUUAAAAACAAGGCUUAUAAUCAUUGCAAUAUUUUACCUCCAAAUAGGUCUUAUUUUAACCGACAUCGCCAAAAUCUAAAUCAUGAUAGGAAACUGCUUGUCAGCACGGCAGUAUUCCAACUAUGUAAUUUAAAAGCUAAAGAUAAAUAUCAAAGGAAAUAUAGCACAGCUUUUAGAAACAAAAGACGAUCGUCUAAUAAUUGUGAUUGCAAACCAAUACACAAAAGAAUAAUGAGAUAUCAGUUUUACUUUAAUAGUAAUAAUACAAAAUACGGAAUCAAAAUAUAGCAAAUGAUAGCACUAUAAACAAGUAUAAAAGAGCAUUCAUAAAUAAAGAGAUAGAAACUCCUGAAACUGAUUCUGAAGAUGAUGAAGAAAUAAUCAAAAUAUUUGAAGGUAAAUUACAAAAAUUGAAGUUGAAAAGUCUGACAAUCAUGAAAAGACUGAAAUAGAAGCAAAAGGAAAUGAUGAAUUAGACGUUGUUAAAGAUAUUACUGAAAUGAGUAAAGAAAUUGUUGAUGAUGACAAUAAUAUAACAGUUGUAGUAAACCCUGAACUGGAAAAAGAGGUCGUUAAAGGAACUAAUAACUUUGAACAAAUUAUCAAUGAUAAUCAAGCGAUCUUAGAGGAAUAUACCGAUAAUGGCAGAGAAUUAAAUAACAAUUCAAAACACAGCGUAACACAAAACAUCGCUAAUGAAAAUGAUAAGAUUUCAGCUGAAGUAGAUGACUCUAUUAACGUAAAUGAAAAUAAGCUUGAUGAUUCUAAAAGUGAUGAGAACAAACCAUUUGAUGAUUUCAAAAUACCUAAAGAAAUACCCAGAAGGAAUAAGACAAAUAAGAAAAUAUCUUUAAAGCCAGAACCUCGGUUUGUUCUUACACAUGUAUUAGAAGGACACAUCAUUCAGGAAUCAAAUUAUCCCUUUCCGAUCAGUCAAGCUAAGAAAGAAAAUCCGCCAGAAAACUCUCAGACAGAAAUAGCAACAUCAUCAACAUCAGCAGUAGGGAUACAAGUCCAGAAUCUUCUAGAAGAAAGUGGGAACGUCAAUCCGUUUGCGCGAUUACAGAAGAGCACCGUCAAAUCUUGGACGGCUGAAGACCUAUCAAGCCACCUAGCACAAUUCAACUGGUGUAGCACGGCCGCGAUACUCAAGGACAAUGAGAUUGAUGGACAGACCCUGCUCCUGGUCUCCAAGACUCAGCUGGUCAUCAUCGGAAUGGAUGAGGAGGAAGCUGAAGUUAUCUGCGAAUUCGUUCAAAGGUCCUAGCUAGACUGUCACAGAUAGAGCGAAGUGGAGAAGAAAAAUCGGAAACCUGACCCUACCACCAUGUGGAAUUCAUAAUAGAAAAGAGAGUCUAGCUGUACUGAAAAUAUUAGAAAAAACAGUCAAAAGGAAGGAACCUUUUGUAUCCGAAGUCAGGGUUAAAAAGAAGUGAAGAGAGCCAGAAACUCGGUUUUACUCAUAUUUUUCUUGGUGGUAAAUCAUCAAAUUACCUCUCCCGUGCAGCGUGCAGCGUGAGGGACAGACUGUUACAGACUCAAACCCAUCAUGUUCCUUCUGAAGCCCUUUAUGUACCAGCGCCGCAGUAACUCGCGCGAACAAUCCCGCAGCCCGACAGGCUUUAGUCCUGGUGGGUCUCAUUCAAAGAAAUUCAUCGCUUCAAAUGUUUGAAAAGUUAUAAUGUUUUGGGUAACUAGCCAGACAAAAGCAUUCUUUCGCAUUUAUCUUCGUAGUAAGUUGAAUCUGUACCAAAAGUCAAAUGUACUGGACUACUUUUGUAACCAAAUGUGACCAUUUUGAUAUCUUGUGAAGCGAUUUUGACGCAGACAAAUUGCAUGGAUACCUAAGUGUAUGUAAUUUAAUCAUAUAAAUCAAAUAGAACAAUUCUUUUGUAAAUAAUAUUUAGGCAACUAACGCUUGCCGCUUGCCACAUCUCUACUAAAUGGAAUUUUGACAACUUUUUAAAUAUUUUACCCACUAUUGAAGAUUUUUUACAAUCAGCAUUUGUUUUAUAACAUUGAAAGAAAAUACUUCACACAAGUGUUUAUGUGGUGUAUUUUCUUUUAAUCAAUUGUUAAAAUACAUAUAUUAAUUGCAUUUUACUCUUACCUGGCAACUUUGUACAGAGGCCAGCUGGUCAACCUACCCGAGUCUGUCAAUUUUACCAAUCGAACAUUUACCUUCCACUAUUGUGAUAAGGUUGAAAAUCUAUUGAAGACAUUUGACAGAUUGAGACAGACUUUUAACGCAUGUAGCCCUGUAGAUAUAUGAACUAGUUAAUGAAUUGUUUUAAGUCCACUUAUUAAAUACUGCACAAAAAUACCGAUUUAGCGACAAAUAGUGUAAGAACUUAUAAACAAAA